AUGCGACUCCAGAAGAGGGUGAUGGUGCUUCUUGCAUUGGUGUGGAUGUGUAAUUUCACUAUAUGCACAAGAAAGUCUAGUGCACGGAAGUCAGAAAUGUCUUUUAUCUUACAGGGACAGUUUGAUGGCCAAGCCAGCUUUGAUGUGGUGAUCGGGAACCUGAAGGUGGCCACGCAGUACCGUGUCAGUGUGGGGGCGUACGGCUGGGCAGGGGAGGGCAGACCCAUCAGGCUCCGGGACAUCAGCACUGGGUCUCGUGAAAAGUGCAUGCCUCCUGCACCUCCGACCCAGGCUAAAGUGGUUGCCGUGUCAGACACAGAACUGGCGUUGUCAUGGCAACAUGGAGAGAGUGAAGGAAGUGCACCUGUGCUAUACUUCCUUGUGGCGUAUAUCAGGCCAGAGAUGGACACUGAGUGGAUGUACAUCAGAGAGCCAGUAGAGUCGAACUCUAUGGUGCUCAAGGGUCUGAUUCCUGAGACGGAGUACCAGUUUGUCAUCAGAUCCGUGAACACACACGGGAUCAGCCCUCCCAGUGCCAUUAACAACCCCGUGCGCACACUCGGUUCAUCAGAUAUAGGCAGUGGAGACUAUGACCUCUACAUCUCAAACUCUGACAGUAAAGAUGAGGAUGGGUUUGAAAUCGAUGACUCGGAUUACGAUGUCUUCAUUGAGGAGAUAAAGUCAUUUCCUAGCAGUAAGAAAAGCGGCAGAAGGUCUCAGCUCCGCUCCCGCAUCGGGACUCCCGGUAACGGAAAUGUUAUUUAUAGGAUGCGCACACCUGUUCCCCAAAAUAUCAGCUUCACUUCAACAGCAGCGGCAGUGUGGACCACAUCAACAACUCCUGUAACCAUGACAACUGUCACUAGCUCCGCCUCCAGGAUAACCACCACACCUGUUACACUGACAGGCUCCGCCCCCACCACGCCUCCUCCUGUAGUUCCUUCUCCCAGUCCGUCAAUGACGCUGUGGAAAGGGGAAAGACCUCGGGUGUAUGACGUACCAUGUGACAAGACGGUUUGCCCUCCCGACAGCUUCUGCAUCAACGAUUACGAUACUGGCGGCUCUCGAUGUCACUGCAACCUCGGUCGCCAUGGAGACUUCUGCUCGGAAGGUCUGAUGGUAAAUUUCCCCAAGUUCUACGGCUACUCCCACAUGACGUUUGAACCUCUUAAAAACUCUUACCAGAGCUUCCAGAUCAGCCUGGAGUUUAAGGCAGAGGCUGAGGAUGGAUUGCUGUUGUAUUGUGGAGAGAAUGAACAAGGUAGAGGAGAUUUCACCUCCCUGGCCCUCGUACGGGGAAAACUACACUACAGGUUUAACUGCGGUACAGGUGCAGCUCAGAUCGUGAGUGACAACUUCAUUGUGAUUGGACAAUGGCACACGGUCACAAUAUUUAGAGAUGGCAUGAAUGGCUGGCUGCGAUUAGACAGUGACACACCAGUGUCAGGCCGUUCUCAGGGUCAGUACACUAAAAUAACGUUCCGCACGCCUUUGUUUUUGGGCGGAGCUCCGAAUGCCUAUUGGCUGGUGAGGGCGGUGGGGACCAAUCGUGGCUUUCAGGGCUGCAUGCAGAGUCUGACUGUCAAAAGUAAAGCCAUUGACAUCCGACCCUGGCCUAAAGGAAAUGCACUGAGCGGAGCAGACAUCGGCGAGUGCAGCAACAGUGUGUGUGAGAAGGUCACCUGUGCUAAUGGAGGAAUCUGCUUUGCCAACCGUGCGGACGGCUUCAUCUGCCUGUGUCCUCUGGGCUAUAAGGGCUUCCUCUGUGAGGAGAGUUUCCUGUUGUCUCUACCCCAGUUCAACGAGAGCAUGUACUCGUACGCCAGCGCCCCCUGGCCUCAGCCAUCCCACAACUACCUGUCCUUCAUGGAGUUCGAGAUUACCUUCCAGCUGACCAAUCCCGACGGCACGCUGCUCUACACCGAUGAUGCGGCCAGUCGUGACUUCCUGUCAAUCAGCCUGGUGGGCGGAUAUGUGGAGUUUCGCUUCGACUGCGGCUCGGGUGCCACAGUUAUCAGGAGUGAAGAGGCCAUCGCUAUGGAGGUGUGGCACGAGUUGCGUGUCUCUCGAACGGCAAAAAAUGGCAUUUUACAGGUAGACAACCAGAGACCAGUGGAAGGCAUGGUAGAGGGUGCGUUUACACAGAUAAAGUGUAGUUCUCCUCUCUUUAUUGGAGGAGUUCCUAAUUAUGAUAUUACUAAGACAAGCGCUGGUGUCCUGAGACCCUUCACUGGAGCUGUGCAGAAGAUCACUCUGAAUGACCGCACUAUAGAGCUAAAUCCCGGUCAGGCUUUUGGGGUGAACGUGUUGAACGCAGAUCACCCGUGUGUGGAGAACCCAUGUGCUAAUGGAGGAACAUGCAGGCCGAAGUGGGACAGAUACGACUGUGACUGUGCGCUUGGGUAUGAUGGGAAACACUGUCAGAAAGAAUGUGGGAAUUACUGCUUAAAUACUGUCACUGAAUCUAUUGAGAUCCCUCAGUUCACCGGACGCAGUUAUCUGACAUAUGACAACAGAGAUCUCCUCAAAAGGGUGUCAGGUUCCAGAACAAACAUGUUCAUGCGUUUUAAGAGCACGUCUAAAGAUGGUCUUUUACUAUGGCGAGGAGACAGUCCGAUGAGAGCCAACAGUGACUACCUGUCUCUGGGCCUUCAAGAUGGAGCGCUCAUUUUCAGUUACAAUCUUGGUAGUGGAGCCGCCACUGUGGUCAUUAACGGCACAUUUAGUGAUGGCAGAUGGCACAGAGUGAAGGCUGUCAGGGAUGGACAGUCUGGUAAACUAACCGUCGAUGAUUACGGAGCUAAAACAGGGAGAUCUCCGGGUAAGAUGAGACAGCUGAACAUUAAUGGUGACCUUUACAUUGGUGGGAUGAAGGAGAUCGCGUUGCACACUAACAGGCAGUACAUGCGAGGUUUAGUGGGAUGCAUUUCUCAUUUCACUCUCGCCACGGACUACCGUCUGUCUCUGGUGGAUGAUGCAGCUGACGGCAAGAACAUCAACACCUGCACCAACUGA